AUGAUAGAUUUUAAAUGCGUUAACAAUCAUCAACUGCCUAUACUUAUGGUAAUUUUUGAUCAAAAUUUGGAAUUCAGGCAAAGAUUUCUGUUUUAAGACUGCAUAAGAAGCUUAUCUAGAUAAUUCUCAGCGAUGGGAUAUGAGGUAAGCAGCAAGCAGAAGCACUAGACAGUGAAAUUUAAUUGA